UUUUUUUUUUUUUAGUUCUUCUUUCUUCUUCUUUUUUGUAUACAUAUCUCUUUUUUUGUCAAAUAGUUUUUUUUUUGUAUAUAUAAAAUAUAUAAAGAAAGGAUAAAUAUAUCAUGUCAUUCACACAAAAUCGUUUUGGAGCCCUUUUAGGGGAAGAAGAAACUGAAAUCGAUAAGCUCGGUAACGUUAAGCCCAUCGAAAAGAAGGGAGACCCUCAACCACCCACUAGAAAAGAAGUUCGCCGAGGCGGAUUCAGACAACCUGCAGUCUCUCCUCCUUCAAGACGUGAUCGCGGUAACCGUAAGGAUGUCAGUGAACCCACUGAAACUACCGAAACUGCUCCCAAAAAUACUAGACCCGAAAGACCAGGUCGUCCCACCGAUGGCAAUGGUAGAGGACGUCAAUUUGAUCGUCACAGUGGUACCGGUAUUCAUGAUAAUGAAAAGAAGGUGAACAAAGGCUGGGGUGAAGCUGGCACUGCCGAAUUCCAAGGUGCCCAUGACGUAUUGGACCCCAAUGAUCCAGAUGCCGCCGAAACUGCUAAGACUCGUGUCGAAGAACCAGAGGAAAACACCAAGACAUUGGAAGAAUACCUCCAAGAAAAGAAGUCUUCUCAAAACUUCCGUGUCCAAGACACCCGUAAGGUAGAUGAUGCCGAUUGGAAGGGUGCUGUCGUUCUCGAAAAAGAAGAAGACUUAUACUUUGCUGGAAAGGAAUCCGAUCCCAAAUUAAAGAACAAGACCAAGAAAGAAAAGGUCUAUCUGGAAAUCGAUCAACCUGCUCAUCGCAGUGAAAGCGAAAACCGUCGUGGAGGACGUGGAGGUCGCGGUGGUCGUGGUGGUAACAACAGUCGCGGUUCUCGCGGCGGUAACAGUCGUGGUGGUCGUGGUGGUCAAGGUUCUGUCAACUUGUCAGAUGCAAAGGCUUUCCCCACUUUGGGAGCAUAAAAAAAUCUAUUUUUCUCUCCAUAAAAUAAUAAAAUAAAAAUAAAACACUAUAACUUGUUCAUUACGUCAUUUA